AGUAAUUAAUAAAUCUAGUGAGGAACUCAGGAAAAACUUAUUCACUCAGAACGUGGUUGGAAAGGAAAACUUGUUGCCAAGGAGUUAUUGAGCUGAAUAGCAUGGUUGUAUCUCAAAGGAAGACAGACAGGGGAGGGAGGAAAAGAAUAGAGGAUAACGGCAAAAUGAAGGUGGUCUGCCUGAAGUUGGGCUGAAUCACCUGCUUCAUGCUAUAGGAUGUUGAAAGAGGAAACUAGGUGUUGAUGAGAGCUAGUGGAACAGUUGAUUCUACGGUGGUUCAUUAUUGAUUCCUCUCCUAGCUGAUAGAAUACUACCAGAUCUCUGUCUGCUCUGAAGAGCAUCCAACCUCCAACAAUGUCUUGGAUCAAAGAGGCAGAGCUGAAUCCUGUGGAAAGGUUGUGUGCAUCCAUUUUAAAGGUUGGUCCAAUGCCUGAGCAUGUGGCAUUCAUAAUGGACGGAAAUCGACGCUAUGCACAGAAAUGUCGAGUGGAGAGACAGCAGGGUCAUUCUCAAGGCUUUGAGAAACUGGCAGAGACCCUUCGCUGGUGUUUGAACCUGAAUAUCCGAGAGGUGACUGUUUAUGCAUUCAGUAUUGAGAAUUUCAAGCGCUCCAAAGAGGAAGUGGAUGGACUAAUGGAACUCGCACGACAGAAAUUCACAAGACUCCUCGAGGAACAAGAAAAUUUGAAGAAACAUGGUGUUUGCAUCAGAGUCUUGGGAAACCUAACCCUACUACCUGUUGAUAUCCAAGAGUUGAUUGCACAGGCAGUGCUGGCAACACAGAGUUACAACAAGUGUUUUCUGAAUGUGUGCUUCGCCUACACCUCUCGGCAUGAGAUCACCAAUGCAGUUCGCGAGAUGGCUUUGGGUGUUGAAGAAGGGUUAUUGAAACCCAGUGACCUUUCGGAGUCUCUGCUGAGCAGGUGCCUGUACUCUAGCAGCUCCCCAGACCCCGACCUACUGAUCCGCACAUCUGGGGAGGUGCGUCUCAGCGACUUCUUGCUCUGGCAGACCUCUCAUUCGUGCUUGGUGUUCCAGCCUGUGCUGUGGCCAGAAUACUCUUUCUGGAAUCUCUGUCAAGCCAUCUUGCAGUAUCAAGUCAACCAUGCUGCCCUUCAGAAAGCGAAAUUGUUGCAUGAGGCGGCAUGUCAGCGUCAACAGGCGGAGGCAGAUCUUGCUUGUGUGGUGGAGCAGAUGAGCACAAUGGGGGAGCUAGAAGGCACAGAGUGCAAACAGGAACUGAUCUUAAAGUACAGUAGAGAACGAGAGGAGAGAGUCUCUAACUUCCUGCAGAGGCUAGACAACAAGCGGAGGAAAUUCCUUACUGACCUGGUGCAGGGUUCUUCACCAUUUCUACAUGUUUAAGGGACAAGGACUGUGAAGUUCACACAGCAGGGAAAGGAAAUCUAGAUGCUACUCUGAACAUUGAGGUUGCCAUUCCAUUAAUCCUGCAAAAUCCUUCUCACCAGCAGCUAGAGACUGGCAGUAAAAUUGAAAGUGCUACUCCACGGACUAAUCAACAAGUCUGAUGUACAGAAUUAUCAGAUGGAAAGGAUCCAUCAGUCAACAUCCACAGAUUCAUCAAGUGUUUUGGGAAUACGCUGUUCACAGUCAGUAGAGAUAAUGGUGGAGUAGUAUACUUGGGAGUGAGUGGCUGUGGGAUCUUCAGCAUUGUCUCUACCCAAAGAAGUCUCAGGGCUUCAGACUAAAUGUGGACAAGUAUCCUGCUGAUUACCACUUACCAUUCUCACCUGAUGAAUCUGUACUGGUCUGUGUUGAAUACCAAUUGGAGAAAGGUCUGAAGAUAGGAAGGGAACGUUAAUGCUCAUUGUGAAUGCAGUCUGUUUACCUUACUGGUGGGAAUUUUUUUAGAAACAACAACCUUGAAGAAAUAAACAGUGCCUUGGACAAAUAAAGACUAAUUGAGGAAUGCCAAUUCAGCCACACAACACCCUGAUUUAGGACUAAAUUGCUAUUCCUCACUUGUAGGGUCAAAAUACUGGAACCCCUCUAACAGCACUGUGGAUGUACCAAUAUCCUAUGUACUACAGAGAUUCAAGACUACAGGUCACUACCAUCUUCUUAAGGGCAAUUUGGGAUGGACGAUAAAUGCUGACUUAGUUUGUGAUGUUUACAUCCCAUGAAUUAACUUUAAGAAGUCCUGCAAAUAUUGGUUUUUCACCUCUCCUGGGAGAUUGUGUGGUUUUGGUAGAGUUGAGUAUAACACAAUUAUAGAAAGCUGACAUGAGUAUGAGAGGUCAAAUGGUCAUCUCUGCAGUAGCCAUUGUAUGACAGCCUGAACCAAGGAAUCCUUACAAAUUGCAUCAUUGUUUAGAUAUUCAGUCCAGGCUAAAAACAAUAGAGGUCAAUCAUGCAACUAACAGGGGAGUCCAUUUCCCAAACAUAGAGGGCCUCAGUAUUGAUGAGCAAUUUACAAUGCUGAAGUUUUUGUAAGCACCAUCUGCCAUAUGUGCCAGAAUUCAAUUGAUUCAAGUCAUUCCACAUAACAUUAGGAUGCAGUGGUACUCUGGAUACAGCAAAGAUAAUAUCUCAGCUGCAGACUGAAAAUUUGUCUUCUGAAGCCAGCUGUUUCAGUAUAUUAUAGCUAAGUCACUGGCAACUUCCUGACAAUAUGGAAGACCACCUGUAACUGUACUUUGUAUGGUAUGGUAUCGCUGAACUGCAUUAAAAGUUGAUGAUCAAGACUAAUCCAACCCAGCCAAUUAUCACCGUGGCAGCCUCCUGCCAAUGAUAAUCAGAACAA